AUGGAUAAAUCCGUUUCGGAUUCUCGCAUAUGGCUUCGGGGUGAGAUAUCAAAACCCAUCUCCAUUAUUUACAUCUUCAUCCUGAUCAACACGGUAAAACUUACAGUUUCUCAGCCUUCUGCGACAGAAUGCAACCUCGACCUUCAAUUUUCAUCAGCCUUAAGUAGUAGAGGUUGUGAAUGGGGAGAUUGGGGUGGGUUUCUACACAAUAGUAGUUGUGGUGUAGCAUUCCAUACUUACCUGUAUGCAUUGGGGAAGUGGGCAAAUCAAACAGGACAAAUAUUUAUAAACUCUACCGAGCAGAAAAAUUGUCUGAAUUCGAUGAAAAGCUUUGCAGACAAUGCUUUCGGUUGUGGCAUUGAGAAGCUAACAAGAGGAGGUGGUGGCUGUUUAGAUUUCUCCGUUGAACUUGUCACUAGAAAGUUGGGGGGUGAAUUAAGAAGAUUAAAUGAACACUGUGAACUCGUGAAAUCCAAUGAAGAAUGUGAUCAGUCAUGCGAAUCUUGUGCGAAUACUUGGGAAAGCAUAAGCAGAACACGUUCCAUAUCUGCCAUUGCUGGGGUUAACAUUGAUGAAAUAGUCAUCUGUCAGUUUGCAGUGCUGGUGUCCUUAAUAAGUAGAAUUGGAGAUCCGAUGCAUGCCCAUACACUUCUAAGAUGCCUAGGGGCACAAAAGAUGAACGACGGGAAUACAUCAGCUGCAGGAGAUAAUCAAGCACCGAAAGGUACAAGCUGGAAGAUUCAAAUUAGCACAGGUGUUGGGAUUCUAGCUGGAAGCAUUGUAGGCAUUGCACUGAUAGUAGUAGUCAUUGCCAGAAAAAUCUUGUCAAAAGGAUGUUCCAAAUCAAGUCCACCGCGGAAAAAGGAUGCUUUCAAAAAUAUAUUUCCAAAAGAGUCUGCUUGUCGGAAAGUUCCUAUCAAGGAGGUGUAUUCUGCCACAGAUAAUCUAAGUGACGAAAACUUCAUUGGUGAAGGAACUGCUGGAAAGGUGUACAAAGGUAUACUGUCAAAAAAUCAGCAUGUUGCCAUCAAGCACAUCAUCAAUGAUGGAGACGUCGAGUCCUUUGUCAGGGAAGUAACAAGCUUAUCGCAUGUCAGACACCCAAACCUCGUCGCAUUGCUGGGUUGUUCUGUGAGGGAAAACGAGUGUUUCCUUGUCUAUGAGUUUUGCCCCUACGGCAACCUCUCAGAAUGGCUUUUUGGGAAAGAUACUGUCCUGACCUGGAUCCAGAGGCUUGAGAUUGCAAUUGAUAGUGCUCGAGGUCUUUGGUUUCUCCACACUUAUGCAGAAGGCUGCAUUGUUCAUCGUGAUGUCAAGCCAACAAACAUUCUUCUUGGGACGAACUUCGAAGCCAAGCUCUCAGACUUUGGGUUGUCUAAAAUCAUCGACAUGGGGAAGACGCAUGUGAGCUCAGAAGUCAGAGGAACUUUUGGGUAUGUCGAUCCUGAGUACAGAAUCAACCGCCGUGUAAAUUCAUCUGCUGAUGUCUACAGCUUUGGCAUGGUCCUUCUGCAGAUACUUUCUGGAAAGAAAGUAAUCAACUUGAAUCUAAAGAAGCCAAUGUCAUUAGCUAAAAUGGCAACAAUACUUACCAGAGGUGGCAGUGUUGUGGAGUUUGCUGACCCAAAACUUAAGGGGGCUUAUUCCAUAGAAGCAUUUGAACUAACACUUCACCUAGCUCUGUCAUGCACAUCACUUGGGGAACAACGACCUUCUAUGAAGCGGGUUCUUGAAAGAUUAGAAGAAGCCCUCGAAAUAUCAACAAGGGCCACAGCUUGUAUCCCUGUUGGAACUACACCAGACGAGUCUUGA